UACGUCAUUUCACUUCAGCUAAAUACAGACACGGUUGCUCUCACAAGUCAGAACACUAAGUAUCGAGACAACAGCUGAAACACAGAGAGAAUUAGUAACAGAUUUUUCUCAGACAACUAAACGUCGUAUUAUAAUGCUUUGUGCAACCGGUUCACCAAUUGCUAACCAGCUCAGCGGAAAAGACGAUAGCCAUACCAACCAACAACCACUCAAAGUUCAAGAAUGCUCUGGGAAGACACGACGCAGAUCUUCGAAGCCACAUCGUGUAUCCGUCACUUCAGAAAUACAACGCAUGCGAAUCGAACGACAAGUUAGCAAGGGAAGCAAAGGCACUGGAGCAUUUUUCGAUAAAGAAUCAAGUAUGAGUAAAAUCGUACAAGAAAAUGAAAAGUUCUGUGCUAGCUACCAAAGCGAGAAAACCGAACUCAUUAAUUUUUUAACUGACGAAUUAGAUUUUGAAAAAGAUUUGGUGCAAGAAGUUAUCGGACAACCAGUGAUAACGGAGCCAGAGGAAAGCACCUCUUUUACUGGGCCAACGUCUUGUUCAGUUGAACUUGUUGGGCUGAACGGCCAUUUAUGGAGCGGAAGUAGCACGAUAAAGGUGCAGCUUACUACAGUUUCCGACCUCGUUAUGUGGAAACUAGUAUCAAGCACCAAAGUAAUCUAUGUUUUCGGCAUCGAUUAUAACGGCGAUUAUAAAUAUGCGACAACGAACGGUGAAAGCGAAAAGGUUCGUUUCUACACGGCCACUACUUCACCGACCGCAAUCGACUUGGACAACAACGACGACCUAAACGACCCAAGAGCAUUCAAGUUGGAAGCUGACCCCUUGUCAGGUUAUGACAGACUAGUACCAGCCAUGUAUCCGACCCUAGGUGUUACCCGUGGUGCCAACAAUCGGUUGUACACUGAAACACUCGAUAGUAGCACCGACAAUUGGGUUAUUAAUACCUUGUAACACCGCAAUGGUAAAGGUGAAAUACCUCUGUUUGCUAUGUUGUUCAAUGUAUUUAUUUUUAAUUAUUUAUUUAUUUAUUGUGAUUUCCAAUCAUCACUUAGGUGUAUUUGUACGUGGUGAUAUCCACAGUAACGAUCGGUCCCUGUAUAUAGAAUAUGAUUUUUUACCACACAGAUUAGUCUGAUGUACUAUACUGGGAAACUAAGUUCUCGUUACAAUGACAGCCGAUUUGUAAAAGUUUUGGCAAAACAGGCCAACACGUCACAGACUGUGCUGUGGUUUGUAAACGUUUCACACGUUUGUUACUGAGGUUUCUUUUUUGUACUUCGAACAUUUUACUUUAGCGAAAUAAUAUUAUGAUUGUAAUAAACAAUACUGUUGUAUACAUCAA